AUGCUGACUACAUUUAUAAAACAGCCAACUAGUUUACAGAAGGUUUUUCCUGUACUUACGAGAUGUACGUCUUUAGCGCAUUUGUCAACAUCUACACGUUUGGGUAAAUCAACCUACAGGACUCCAGAUUUUGGUAAUGUUAUCAAAGAAGAGAGAAACAGCGAUAAAUCAAGGAUAUAUACCUACUUUAUGGUAGGGUCCUUAGGACUACUUUCUUCGGCCGGAGCCAAAUCUACAGUGGAAACAUUUAUAUCAUCAAUGUCUGCGUCAGCGGAUGUUCUAGCCAUGGCAAAAGUCGAAGUUAAUUUGGCAGCUAUCCCAGAGGGGAAGAAUGUUGUUGUGAAAUGGCAGGGAAAACCAGUAUUUAUUAGACAUAGAACUCCACAUGAAAUCAAUGAGGCCAAUUCCGUGGAUAUGACAAGUUUGAAAGAUCCACAACCUGAUUCAGAUAGAGUACAAAACCCUGAAUGGCUAAUAAUGCUGGGAAUAUGCACACAUUUAGGAUGUGUUCCAAUUGGUGAAUCCGGGGAUUUUGGUGGAUGGUUCUGCCCCUGCCAUGGUUCACACUAUGAUAUCUCUGGUAGAAUAAGGAAAGGACCAGCUCCAAGUAAUUUGGAAAUCCCACAGUAUGAAUUUGAUGGGGACAAACUAGUUGUUGGGUAA